GAAGUCACAGAAUUUGAUCGAUCGCUCGAUUCGUAUGCAUCCGGCCUCCGGGGUCUCUACUCUAUAGAAUUAGGUUUGCCAGAAGACUAUCAAAAGCUUGAGCGUCUCGCAUCCGUUUCUCUCCUGGAGUAUACGCUGCAGGGUUUUUCGAUCCGAAACCUAAAUCACCUGCUAAUUAUUUUUUAAUCAGAACAUUCGUCGAUUGUUGACCGUUUAUUUUAGUCAUGGCUAAAAAGAAACAAAGUGAAUCUAUUGCAAUCAAAAGUACUAUGGUUCUAAGGCCACGGAAAUUAAUUGCUGAUAGGGAGGAAAAAGUACGAGGGAAAGGAAACAAGACUGUAGGAAGCGGAAUGACGAAGAAGACUAUUCGAAGUCCUAAGCCAGAGAAAAACAUUAAUGCAACCGGAAGUACUAUGGUUCUCAGGCCACGAAAACAAACUGAGGAAAAAAUAGAAGUAAAGGGAAAGAAGACUGUAGGAAGCGGAAUGACACGGAUUGUUGAUUCUGGGAUAGGUAAAAUUGGUAGAAAGAGAAAAGUUAUGGCAUAUGAGAGUAAUUCAAAAACUGCUGAAAAUGUUGUGAAAAGAGUUAAAGCCAUGAACAAGAACAUUAAAGAGACAUCACCCACUGUUCGAAGGCCUAAGCCAGAGAAAACCAUUCAUACAACUGGAAGAACUAUGGUUUUAAGGCCGCGAACUCCGAAAGCCAAAGUAGAGAUGCCUGUCAAGAAGAAUGAAAAGACCAAAGGGAAGAUGUCCGUGGAAGUUAAUAAAAAGGUUGGUGGAAAGAAGAAGACUGUGGCAACUGGGAAGAUAAAGAUUGGCAAUGCUGUAAAAAUUGGAACUUAUGCAAAGAGAAAACUUGCAGCAGAUAAGGGGGACAUAAAAGUUGGUAGAAGUAUAACCCACAAAAACAAUCAGCUUGUGAAGAGAAAGAAGACUGAUAAUGUGGUCACUAAAUCAAUAUUCCCAGCUGAAAUUAUCAUGGAGAUAUUGAGCUGGUUGCCAGUAAAGUUCUUCGGCACACCUAUGAUUGUAUGCAAGCAAUGGUAUGCUUUAAUUCAAGAUCGGCACUUCAUAGAAAAGCAGAUGAGCAGAAAUUUUAGCUAUACUGAAUCCCGGGUAAGACAAGGGUAUAAGAAAGUCUGUUCUUGUCAAGGCCUGAGACUUGAGAGGAAUACAUCCACAAAGAGGUAUUGCAUCCGUAACCCUAACACCAAACAAUUUCUUGAAUUACCGGAUCCACCCACUGGUAAAUUUGAUAUAAUCUUCCGCUACGUUCCUCCUACAUGUAACUAUAAAAUUGUCUUGAUAUAUGAUAAAAACAACAUUCGAUGUUGUGAUUUGUCUGUUGGAAAUGAUGAGUUGUCGUGGAGACUUCUCAAAAUGCCUACUAGAGAUUAUCUUAAAAGGAAUAUAAAAAUAUUUUCUACAAAUUUAUUCCGUGAGGUUGUUCACUGUGUUCGUGUAUUUGCAAGCGGUGAUGACAUGUUUGAAGAAGUAGUGUCUCUUGAUUUAGGAACUGAGCAGCACAAAGUUGCCAGAAGGUCAAUACAAAAACUGGGAAAAUGUUUGGAUUAUAAAUUAUAAAGGGAAAUUAGCUUUAGUUGAUAUAAUAGGAGAUCAACUCUAUGUAUUGGUGCUAGAAAAUUACAAAAAACAGAAAUGGGGCAAAAAAGAACCUUUAGUUUCGCUGGAAUUGAUGAAGAAACUAGAAGUUGAGCACGGCACAAUGGUUCCUUACAGUGUUGAUACAUUUGAGACACUGUGGUUCUGGGUGAAAGAUGCCAGGAAGUAUAUUUCUUAUAAUACUAAAACUAAGUAUAUUUGUUCAAAGCAGUAUAUUUAUGCCCAGAGCCUUGUACGUCUGAGAGGGAUGCAACCCGAAUAGAAGAUGUCCUCACAACUAGUGGCUCGGCCAUCCAUGGUGCCACCUCAAAGGUGCUUGUAAUGGCAUGUACUCGAUAGGUCACGGUUCUGCUCGUAUGCCUGGCAAAAAUGAACACAGGUGAGUCUUGCCUGUGAAUUUAUAUUAUUUGAUAUUAAUUGUCAUGCAAUGUAGGUAGUUUGGUCAUGGCCAUCAAUGAUUUGGUAAAAGAAUAGUCUCCCCCGGCACCGUCUUCUUAAAAUUUGCAGUAUUAUUUAAAGAGUAUAUGCUAGAUGGUAUGUCUUGUUACUGUGUCCUGGAUGUUACUAGUACUAAUGUCUAUUUUUUCAUCUUGCAGAACACAUAUAUUUAGUAAUUCAUGGGGCACUAGAAGGUUUUCAUAUUAUUCAGAUCCUCAAAAGAAUAUUUGUUAUGGAAUCAAGUGACAGCAAUUAAGGAAAAAGUGAGGAACUUUGAAACCAAUGCUUGUAGGUCCAAGAUAUGCAAACAAGCACAGAAGUUUGUGGAAUUGUUAUAUGAUGUGUUAUUGUUUGGAUUAGAAAUUUAUUAAAUGAGUCUAUUCAUAACUUUAUCUUAGGAUUUCAUAUCAUUUUUAUUUUUCGUUGA